AUGUCGAUCGAUUCAACAGCAUCAUCAUCACCACCUCCACGAUUAUCACUAUUAAAAAAUCGUGUUUCCAUCAGUUCGCGUUCUAACAAACCAUUAGACUCGCAAGUAUCUCAUAGUGAACAAUAUCUAGAAAGACAACCAAUAAAAUCCCCUAGAAAAGAUCGUCAUUAUCAACAAAGACCUCCAUUACGAGUUCGAGCAAUGUCAACAACAGACGAUGCAUCGCCCGAUACACCAGUAGAAUCAACAUAUAUGCCAGAACUUUUAAAUAAAUUAGAUACCAGACGUGAUAAACGUUCUAGUGAACCGAAAUCAUCAGUCGAAAAAGAUCAUCAUGCAUCUCUUGAACAUCGUAAUUCAAUUGCUCAAAUACAUUUUAGUUCUUUUUUACCACAUGCCUUCCGUAAUCCAAAACAUCAUCAAAAAAGUAUUAUAAAAGACGAAGCAAACACGAAUAAUCCUACGCUGAACAAAACUGACAAGUUUGUUUCAACUUCUUCAAUUCAAUUCACUGAUACAGUCGCAAUGAAAGCAGAUCCAACCCUUCGACCGAGGUCACCAACAGCACCUGUACAUGUUUCCCGAUUCAUACCUUCGAAUAGUAAUGAACGUUUUCCAUUAUCUACAACUGAAGAUUCAAUAUCAUCAUCAUUUAUUCUCGACGAAAAUUUAUCUGAACCACGUUCAAGUGAAUUAUUUAUAUUUGAAUCACAUACAUCGUUGUGCGUUUCAAAAAUUUAUCGUGAUAAUUUUUUCGACUAUUUUCAUAUAAAUUAUUCUGGUGAAUUCGAUGAUGAAGGUCCAUUUAUAGCAUCGCUACGAUGUAUUAAUCAAAAAACAGCUAUGACAGAUAUAUGUGAAGCACGUGUGAUUAUUCGUACUCAAUAUCGUAAUUAUGAUGUAUCUGAAAUAUUUGAUAGUAAGAAUGAAAAUAGUAUUCUCCGAGUUUUAUUGAAUAAAGCACGUUUACCACCAGUUCAUACAUAUGGACCUGUCGGUGAUCCAAAAGCGAAUGAAAAAAUUUAUUUAUUUGAUAAACAAAAUGAUGAACGAUAUAAUUGUAAAAUUGGUGUUAUUUAUCAACAUUUUAAUCAAACAAAUGAACAGGAUAUAUUUAAUAAUGAAAAUCCAUUAAAUGAUAUGUGGGAUUUUCUUGAUCGAAUAUCAAAACGCAUUUAUUUAAAAGGUUUUCAAAAAUAUCGUGGUGAUCUUGAUACAAAAAACGGUUCACAUGGAGAAUAUUCAUAUUAUGCUGAAUAUGAAAAUCAUGAAAUAAUGUUUAAUAUAGCACCAUUAGUGCCAUCAACAAAUGCUGAGGAAAAAUGUACUAUAAGAAAAGGUUUAAUUGGAAAUGCAUUUGUUUGUAUUGUUUUUCAAGAACCAGGUGCAAAUUUUUCACCAGAUUUUAUUACGGGAAGAGUUACACAAAUUUAUAUCACAGUACAACCAAGUAUGAAAGAUGAAAAACUUCAUUAUAAAAUUGGUGUUUGGCGUCGAAAUGAUAUAACAGGAGUAAUUGAUCCGCCUGGUGGAAUCUUAUUAUAUGAUACAUCAUUUGCUUCCUAUUUUCUUACAUUAUUACUUAAUGCAGUAGAUGUUGCUAUUAAAUCGCCAAGUCUUCGUUCACGUGUGUAUGAACAACGACAGCGAUUAAAACUUGAAGAAUUAAAAAAACUUAUGUAUUUAUUCAGUAUUGGUCCAAUACCUGAAUUUGGCUCUGAAAUGGAUAGUUUUCAUUAUAUAACGGAUGGACGUCCUUAUGCACGCAGUGAAAGUGUUUCAAGUAAUACGACAGUUACAGCAAAUGAUAAUGCAAGUUCAAAUGCUGGUCGUAUAUCACCAACAUCAUCGAAAAAGAAAGCUUUUUCAAAAAAAUUUUUCGGUGUGUUUGCAAGUCGAUCAGGAUCAAUCUCAUCAUCAUCUACCCCUUCGAAUUCAGCAUAUACCGAUCCAAUAAGUCCUGGUUCACAAACACUACCAGUAUCAGAUGCAUCUUUGACAUUCGGUCGAACAAGUAUCCCAGUACAAAGGGAAACUGUUCAACGAUCACGAUCCACAAAAACAAAUCAUGCACCUGUUCCUUCAACUCGAUCAUCUAAUAUAAAUACAUUAACUCAUCCAUCAAUGUCAUUGAAUAAUUCUAUUUCCGAUAACUCAACACAAGCUAAUUUAAUAAAUACAUACGCUUUGGGUAUAGCACCACGUAAUCGUUCGAAUUCUUCGCCAGAAGAUGCUGUUAAUACUAAUAAACCCCAAAGAAUACCAGUGCCAACAAUAGUGGAAGCUUUUAUACCAACUAGUUCUGAGGACGAUGAUACUGAAGAAUACAGUGGAGAUGAAGUAUAA